AUGGCAGUCCAACUUCUCCUUUCUCUCGUAUUCUUCUUUCUACCCUCUCUCUCCUUCUCUGCCUCCUCCAAUAUCAUCUCCAACGCCGCUCAAGUCCUCUCCGAUAUCGGCAUGGUAUCCAUGUCUCUAACCCUCCAGUACGGUCCCCAAACUCUGAUCCCACAAACUCAAAACCUCACCAUUUUCUCUCCAUCUGAUACUGUCUUCGCUAAGUCCGGCCAACCCUCUCUUUCUCUUCUCCGUUUCCACUUCUCUCCUCAAUCUCUUCCUCUCUCAUUCCUCAAUGCCCUCCCCUUUGGUUCCAAACUCACCACUUUGUCUCCUAGCCACUCCCUGAUCGUAACCUCUUCACCGUCUGAUGAUCAGCUUUCAUUAAAUGGAGUCAAGAUUGGCAAGACACCCGCGUACGAUGAUGGGACUUUGGUAGUCUAUAAACUUGACAAGUUUUUUGAUCCAAGCUUCAAGGUUUCCAAGCAUGGAUGUGUAGGAGCGGAUACGUUUCGAAGUUUUAAUUCAUUUGAUAAAGCCAGCGAAGCUUUAAGGUCAAAAGGGUACUUUGCCAUGGCAUCUUUUCUUGACUCGCAGUUGGAGAGCCCAAGAGCCAAUGUGAAGCUCACAAUCUUUGCUCCUUCUGAUGAAAUGAUAAAGCCAUUUAUGGGUAAUUGGAGCGUGUAUCCGUCAAUCUUUUUAAGCCUCAUCGUGCCUUGUAAAAUUCCAGGGAGGGAUCUGGUUAAUUGGGAUGAGGGGGUAGUGCUAGAGACUUAUUUGGGAGGGUUCAAUAUCACUGUUGCAAAAUCUGAUGCCAAUGUAACGAUCAACGGGGCCAAGGUUAUGGUCCGCGACCUGUUUCAAAGUGAUUGGCUCGUUGUUCAUGGCCUCAGUGACAGCGGGGGACUUGCUAGAGUGGCUGCAAGAAGUGGGGCGGCUGAGAACUCCAAGUUGGACAAGAUUUUAUUAGCCACUUGUUGCCUGUUUCUCUCAAAGUUUCUGCUGAGUCGUAAUUACCCAAGUCUUGUGAUUUGCCCAUCUGGCCUUUUUUGGGUUCGAGUAGGUUCAGGCUUCUAG